AUGAAUGAAAUUAUACUUAACAUAUCGGAUUUAUCACUGUCAAGUGACGAUGAAGACAUUGUUAACUUUAUUGAACGAUUGAAUCGCCCAAAAAAAAAGCGAAUUUAUAGAAACCGAUUAGAUCAUUUCAGUACUUGGGAUGAGAUUGAAUUUUAUAAUCGUUUUCGUCUAUCAAAACGUGUUGUAAAUGUAAUAUUGGCAUUAAUUGUGGAUAAAAUUCAAUCUCCUACCAACAGAAAUCAUGCGAUUACUCCCGAGCAUAUGAUGUUAUUAACAUUACACUUUUUAGCAUCAGGAAAUAUGUUAAUCACUGUUGGAGACUUCAUUGGGAUUCAUAAAUCUACAGCUGGGAAAUGUGUUUGGAAAGUUUUAAAAGCCAAUGCUAUGUUGAGGUCUAAAUUUUUAACAUUUCCUAAUGAUGUUGUAGGGCUCAAUAAUUUGCAGCAAGGAUUCUAUAAAAUAGCAAGGUUUCCAAAG